AUGCAAUCUCGAACAAGCAUGUCCGCGGAAGAGGCUGAUGAUGAUUCACAAAGUAUCUUCACUGACACUGCAACCCUUGUUGGCACAACAGAAUAUGCAAACGUUGCUACAUCAUCAAGGCAGUCUGACCCCUAUGAUAACGCAAGUAUAACCGGACGGUCUUCUACGUCCACUUUACGACCUUUACCAAGACAACACUCCGCACCACCUCCAACUGACUAUAGCACAAACAGAAGAUGGCAAGACGAUACUGUUUCGAUCAAUACAAUCACAGAUGAUCGUGGCCUGGUAGUACCAUGGUGGUCAGCUGUCUUGCCGGAUCCAAGCAGCUUAAUGCGCUCUCGCAGUCAAAGGAGAGGAAAUGGUCAACAAUCACGCCCAAGCAGAACAGGCGCAAGUACUUCUGACGCAGCCAAUUCACCGCCAACUGUCUUGCUGCCGCGAUUCAGGAGGACGGCUCAAUUGGGAACAAGUGGUGGCGGUACAAAUGGCGGCAGCAGCAGCUCAACCACUCAGCCUAGAUCAGCUUUGGAUACUUUCAAUUCUUCCUCUCCGACUUCUUCAAAUGAUUCAUCCUAUAUACGAUUACGCAACAUUCCAAGAUCGGUUUCUACACCAACGUCAAUGUCAUUUCCUGAUCGUCAACAACAAAUACUACAAAGGGCUACUAGCAUGUUCAUGACUUCAGAAAGCGCUUCUGAAGCAGUAGAGGAUGAUUGCAUUCCAGAAUUUGUGCCCGAACCACCAGCACUUCCACAGCCUUAUGACAUUUACACAAAGUGUUACUGUGAGGAGAAUGCAUACAUUCUGGCAGCAUACCUGGACAGGAUAUGUAAGAAGCGAAACAAGGAGGAGAAUCACGACUGGCAGUGGAAUGUCGACGUGGUAUUUGUGAGCAACGAAAACAAGAAUGUAGCCCUUUGGCAACAACGUGCAAGUCAAAUGCCCGAAACGGAUAAUAUUGUAAUCUGGGAUUACCAUGUUUUCGUGGUCGUGAGCUGUACACCAAAACCAAGAAGUCAAUCUCACGCAAGCCUGGGACGUAGGCCGUCAGCGAGAACGACUCAUUCUUCUGGUCCAAUGUCCGCCCGCCUGCCAAGGAGGCAAUCUACUGUGCCAACCGAUUACUCCAUCUUGGAUACAGUUUAUGUGCCACAAUCGAAUCCAGGUUUGACCGAAACCGAAACUAAGACUACCUAUUCAUGGGUGUACGAUCUCGACUCCUGCUUAAGAACUCCAACAAGACUUUCGCAGUAUUUACAAGCUACGUUCAAAUCAGACAUUCACACUACCGUAUCUGCUCAUUUUCGUCCUCGGUUUCGAAUCAUUCCUGCUGCAAGUUAUUUUGCCUAUUUCGCUAGUGAUCGCUCACAUAUGCUCAUCACACCUUCACAAGAAGAAAGAGAGACAUUCGAAGCAAUUUGUGCUUCUACUGGCUGGGUAUUAGAUAGUCAAUUACCCCAACAGUAUAAUUCACCCUUGCCCAGAUGGCCAAACAUACGAGGCGCUCUGGCCGAAUCGGAUAAUCUUUUGAUGGACUCGUAUGUGAACAUGAUCGGCGGAGCAGGAGAUGAUCGAUAUGGAACAACCGUGAGCCUUUUGGAGCUAAUGCAGGGUACAGGGCUAUGCAAUGAUGGCUAUGUGCCUGUGCAAGAUGCACCUACGUCUAGAAACGGCAGUGAAAGAGCACGUAGAGAAGAAGGCGAUCAUAUCCAGUCAUCAGUCAAGAAGAUGCUUGAUGAUCUUCAAAACGGCUCACAACUUACUCGUCAAAUGAGUGUACAAAGUCACAGUCGAUCCAACAGUACUUCCAGUAGUAACGAGGGUAGCCAAAGCGAAGAUUUGCCAGGAUUUGUGCUGGGUGUUCGACGUUUUUAUGGGAGACGUCCUCCACCACCAGUCCCGGAAGGUGUUGAUCGAUUUGCUCGUGUUGAUUUUACAGGUAGAGGUAAACGUGUUACCAAUCCACUCUUUCCGGCUUAUAUGCAUGCAACAUUGCAAAGUCGUGCUGCUUUUCGUCAAUCGCAAAAUCAAAAUCAACGAUCAGGUUUACCUCCUCCUCCUCCACCGCCUACUUCAACAAGUCAAUAA